AUGGCUGCUCCUGCCGUAGAUGCUCCUAUCCCAGCUGCUCCUGUCGUAGCUGCUUCUGUUGUGGAACCAACGGAGCCUCACUUUGACGUGAAGCUGUUCAACCGCUGGAGCUUUGAUGAUGUUCAGGUCAGUGACAUUUCAUUGGCAGACUACGUUGGAGUGGUACCUGCCAAGCAUGCAACCUAUGUACCUCACACUGCUGGGAGAUACUCAGUCAAACGAUUCAGGAAGGCUCAGUGCCCUAUUGUGGAGAGGCUUACUAACUCACUCAUGAUGCACGGCAGAAACAAUGGAAAGAAACUCAUGGCUGUAAGGAUUAUUAGGCAUGCUAUGGAAAUUAUCCAUUUGCUGACUGAUCAGAACCCCAUUCAAGUUAUUGUUGAUGCUGUUGUUAAUAGUGGUCCACGUGAAGACGCAACUCGUAUUGGAUCUGCUGGAGUUGUUAGGCGUCAGGCUGUGGAUAUCUCACCUUUGAGACGUGUGAAUCAAGCUAUCUAUCUCCUCACAACUGGUGCUCGUGAGUCUGCUUUUAGAAAUAUCAAAACUAUUGCAGAAUGUUUGGCUGAUGAACUUAUUAAUGCUGCCAAAGGUUCCUCUAACAGUUAUGCGAUCAAGAAGAAGGAUGAGAUUGAAAGAGUUGCCAAGGCCAACCGUUAA